UCGCAAUUUAUUAUUGAUCUGUUAUUUAUUUACGAAAUAAACUAUAUUGGCAAUAUUAAUGCUUUUGUGAGACAUAUCAUUCCCCGGUUUCCAACCUCUUUGGUACUUCUUGAGACGAUGUUUUUCCUGUCCGAAGGGAGCUUGAGGAGUGACUGGAGGGAUGAGACGUUAGCCGGAGAGAAAAGAUGACUGGGGAAAGUGAGUUGGCGAUAAAAGAGGCGUUUCAACGCGCUCAGAAAGGACACAACAACAAGGCUAAACUGGUGGCCAGUCUCAAGAACACAUACAACAAGUUAGAGGACAAGACAUUGUUCCACGAGGAGUUUAUCCAGUACCUGAAACAUGCCAUGAUCGUGUACAAGAGAGAACCGGCUGUGGAGAACGUGAUAGAGUUCGUCUCCAAAUUCUCCACCAGCUUCCAUACGCCUUCCGCCAAGGGAGGAGAGGAAGAGGAGGAGGAGGAUGAAGAAGAGGACGAGAACCCCUUCCUUAGUUACAUGUUCAACUUCCUGUUGGAGUCCCACAAGGCCAACAGCCCCCCGUGCCAGUAG